UAAAGCCUUCGCACCUUCUACCGCCUUGGGUUCUGGCCAUGGCUUUGAAUACCAAGUGUUUGCAAGUUCCAUUCCCCGUUCCGUCAUUUAGGGCUGACAAUGAUGCAGUUUCCGAACCAUGCUGGUACGGACACGCAGGUAUUGUCAGACAAAUUGCCCUGCCCUCCGUGAAAGGCAAGACCGCCGAGGGUCUGGGGAGCUAGCAGCAUUUCCCACAAAGACUCUUAGGGCAGCCCGGCAUGCCCACGUUUCGCGGGAGAAUACUAGAGACCCUCUCAGGCAGACCAGCAGCUGGUGCACCUUACCCAGGAUGCCGGGCAGCCCAGUGCGCCACCAAACUUCCUGGAUGUUGGUUGGUUAAACUGAAUGGUAUGUCAACGAGAUACGAAAGUGCUGACUUUGCGACAGAUGGACAAGAAGAAACAAUGUCGCCAAGAUCCACAUCUACUUGCUACUCAAGAGAAGAGACAUGCUUUCCUAACAGACGGCCAUUGAGGAAGUCCAGGCCUGAACGUUGGCUCCCUGCGCAUUUCCUUCCUAGUCGUUCGUACGUACGGACACACACACCACCACCCUUUACAGAGCGGGGAGGGUCAUGGUCCGGGUUUUCCAGCGAGGUUUACAGCGCGCGUUGUCAUCCCCUUUCAGGGCCAUCGGCAGGCCCAAGACACCGGCGGCCGCGAGCGAUCUAGGCCAUCCCCGUCCGAACCCAAGUACCAAAUUCUGCGUACUGUUCACCUUACAACCCCACGCAGUUCGGCGUGUGAUGACCAAAUCUGGUGAUUCUGGCAGGUCCUGUGUCUUCGUCAGACACUACGCCUAUGCGUACAGAUGUAG